GUGUUUAUGUUCGUUGAAAAUGAUCACUGAGAGUGACCUCCGCAUAUUUAUCAGCUUACGUUGUUCACUGUAGUUUCAUAUCGUUUCAUACACUCCUCAGUAAGCCGCCUACAUUCUUUGAGUGAAGAUGCAGAGACUUCUUUUUUCGUCUUUCGUUAUCCUGGCGAUCGCUACUUCAACCCUUGCGGUUGAAGGUGUGAAGGGUGGCGGAUCCCGGAAAGGAGGCUACGGCCAUGGCAAUACCUUCGGAAACCAGUCCCAAUUACCAUCCAACAACGUUACCACAGGAACCUGCUACCUGAGAGUACCGUGGAGUCACUGGGUAGCUCUGAACUCGACGAAUACCACCGCCCAGAUUGUACCUGAUCGUCAAAACGGUCACCCCCAUGCGGGUGGUCGUCAGGCUUGGGUGACUAUAGUCGAUUGCUGCGAGGGUUUCGUGAAAAAUCGGACGAGCGGAGAGUGCGUGCCGUUUUGCGAGGAGGGUUGUCAAGGUGGAAUUUGCACCGGCGGUAAUAUUUGCACUUGCGAACGCGGCUGGUCGGCCGUUAGAGGGGUGUGCAUGCCGACUUGUUCGCGUCGAUGUCGUCCUCAUGCUUAUUGCUUCGCACCGGAACAGUGCAUCUGCGAACUUGGAUACAAUUCGUACGACAACGAGUGCAAACCGGAAUGCCCGGGUGGUUGCGUUAACGGCGAUUGUAUCUCGCCGAGAGUCUGUCGAUGUAAGCCCGGAUAUACUUUAACCGAUCAAAAUCAGUGCGUUCCAACUUGCGAAGGAGGAUGCCCACACGGCGAAUGCACGGCGCCUGGAGUUUGCACUUGCUACGCUGGUUACAUCAAUCCUCCCGGCGAAACUGAAGCUUGUUUGCCCCACUGUCCGGGUGGUUGCGUCGAAGGGGAAUGCACCUCUCCAGGUGUUUGUACCUGCCGACCCGGAUACAUUCAGGAUGCAAGUGGACGAUGCAUUUCAGACUGUCCUAACGGGUGCCCGAACGGCCGUUGCGUUGGUUACAACCAGUGCGAUUGUAAUCCCGGAUACGUGUUGAAUCCGCAGAACGGACAGUGCGUCGGUACCUGUGAUCGGCCAUGUUUGAACGGCGAAUGCACCGGAUCGAACGUUUGUACCUGCAAACGUGGAUAUACGUUGGACCCAAGGGAUCCGACACGCAGCAGAUGCGUGGCUACGUGCGCCGGAGGAUGUCCAAACGGCGUUUGCUCUGGCCCGAAUUUCUGCAUUUGUAAUCCAGGAUACGUUAAGGAUCGUAGCGUUAAAGGGACUCAACGGUGCGUCCCCAGACAAACUAUAGCGUUCUGCAAUAUAGUUGUAUUACAAACAGCAGCUGGUGCAGCGGAAUCAAGCAUGACAGUUAUUCGAUUUAUUCCGCGGAUCGCAAUCGUUACUAUUCUACUCGUAGUCUUACCGACGUCGCUAACCCUCAGAGGAGAUAGCAACGCCAUUUGCCGAAGAACCGUCAGUCGACUUCUAUCCCGAUACGUUCCGUACACAGAACCCUACAGGCAGCAGGUAUGGGGCAUUUCGUACCGGAUCAGGACGCGGACCAACUACAAAUUAGAGUACCACACCAUUUACACAACUGAGGCAGUCUGCUGUGCAGGAUACGAAAACAUCGACGACAACUGCGAACCGAUUUGCUCGACACCUUGCACGAACGGCAAAUGCGUCAAGCCGGACGUGUGCGAGUGCGACCGCGGCUACACUCAGGAUUUUUUCGGUCAACUGUGCAAUCCCGUGUGCACGACAUUCUGCACAUCCGGCCAAUGCACCGCUCCGGAAACUUGCACAUGUGACGAGGGGUACGAAACGAAUGAAAAUAACAAAUACACUUGCGAUCCGAAAUGCUCGUCGAACUGCACGAACGGCUUCUGCGCGGCACCAAAUAUCUGCGGAUGUAAAUCUGGCUACCAAAUAAACGAUAACAACGAGUGCGAACCGAUUUGCGAAAGGCCCUGCAUAAACGGGAAAUGCGUCGCCCCGGACGUUUGCUCCUGCGACGAGGGAUUCCAGAAGUCCCCCGACGACGAUUUCGAAUGCGAACCGAAGUGCAGUCGACCUUGCGUUUCCGGGACAUGCAUCGCACCUGAGGUUUGCACCUGUAACAGCGGCUACUCGAUGAUUCCGGGGUCGAAUUUCAACUGCACCCCCGUCUGCAACGAAACCUGUGCCUUCGGGACAUGCGUCGCGCCCGAUAUCUGCUCCUGCCUCGACGGAUACGCUCUUACACCCGAUUCGCUGUACACCUGUGUUCCGGUUUGCCAAGUGGAAUGUGUACGAGGAAAAUGCGUCGCACCGAACACGUGCGAGUGUCUCGAAGGUCACGUCGAAAACCCUGCGAGUAAGGUGAACGGGUCGAAUUGCGUACCCUGGUGUAACGCGACCUGCACAAACGGUGAAUGCACAGCACCCCAAAAUUGUUCCUGCAAAUCCGGCUAUCGAUACAACAAAGAAACAACCGAUUGUGACCCCGUCGUUACAGCGACCUGGAUCAACGGAAUAUGCGAAACUGAUCGAGAUAGUUGCAGAUGUCUGGAUGGUUAUGAGCCGACGACCGUCAAUUCCACAACAUGUGUACCCGCAUGCGACAAAUGUGUGAAUGGCGUCUGUUCAGCACCAAAUACGUGCGAUUGUAACGAAGGAUUCGUUAAAGACGAAUCGACUGAUAACGGAACGUGUUUCAAAUCCUGUUUACCCGAAUGUAUUCAUGGAUUCUGCUCUACCCUUGGAUGCGUCUGUAAUUUUGGAUGGAAAGGAAUAUCGUGCGAUAUUUCGUUGUUUUGUGUCGUAAGCGAGUCAUCUCCUAGCGUAUCUUUCGAAGUUCAAAGCAACUCCAUCGUCGAUUCCAGAGAUCGGAACCGUACGAAAGAGGGAACGGAAUAUUCACGAAUGGACUUUGACCGGCCGAGUUGCGAUCCACGGUGUCUCGCCGAAGCGAAUGGAACCACCGUGAAUUUCACGAAAAAAUCAACCGACGAAGUACAGUACUUCUUGCCCGUGGACUCAGCGUGUAACGUUGCUGAGUCACGGGUGGCAUCGGUAUCCAAAAUUUACGUGAACGUGACGGGCGCAAUCGUGGGGAUAAUUUUCUUCGCGGUGGUUAUCUACACUGUUUAUAUUGUUAAAAUAAACAGGAAUCAUAAGGAUAACAUCAACAGUGGUUCGAGAGAAUGCGUCUAUACCGAAGAAAUGGACGAUAGCGAUACGAAUCAUUCGAGUAACGAGGAUAUUCAGUCAUUUUUGGAAAAAAUCUUGGCACCGUUAAGCUCGCAGGAUAGUCGCAGGAUGGGGGUUCAAAUUCUUCUAUGGAUCCCAAUAGUUUUCGCCAGUAUUUCGCCGGUGAUUUCGUUGCUUCCGGGCUGGGUCGAGCCAGGGUGUACCAGAGCUAAAAGCCAACAACAAUCUCGACGCGUACCCUACGUCGAAAGCUACCGAGAACGUCAAUGGGGUGGUAUGUUUUAUCGCACAAAGUGGCGCACGAACUACAGAAUUGAGUACUAUCCGGUAUGGACGACUGAAAAAACUUGCUGUUGGGGCUACGAGACUGUGGAUGGAAAUUGCAAGCCUCGUUGCUUCUCACCCUGCGAGAACGGUUAUUGCGCGACCCCGUUCACUUGUAAAUGUAAUCCCGGUUAUCAACAAUCGAAUCUCGAUUCCAACAAGUGUGUGCCGAUAUGUCAAGAACCGUGCAUCAAUGGGAUAUGCACAGCCCCGGAUAUUUGCACAUGCCAUGCAGGCUACCGUCUCAGCGAAGAAGCACCGCACGCUUGUAAACCUAUUUGCGACAGUAGCUGCGAUCACGGGUGGUGCUCCGAACCGAAUAUCUGCUCUUGCCAUCUCGGCUACAGCAGAGUCAAUACCAACGAGUGUCAACCGGUCUGUGAAAAUGAUUGCGUAAACGGAAUAUGCGUAAGUCCGAACGCGUGUCGCUGUAACCCCGGCUACGUGUUAUCGGUGAACAGCUCCUUUGUUUGCGAACCGUGGUGCGAACAGCCCUGUAAACACGGGACGUGCACUUCCCCCGGAAGAUGCGCUUGCGACGACGGAUACCAGUUGUCCUCGAGCCCCUACACUUGCGAACCCCUUUGUCAAUCGGACUGCGAAAACGGUUAUUGUUCGGCGCCAAACGUCUGCGAGUGUCAUCCCGGAUAUCGGAGGGAUGCGAAUGACAAGUGCGUCCCGUUUUGCGAAAAGCCUUGCGAGAAUGGCAAAUGCAUCGAGCCGAAUACUUGCGCUUGCGACAAGGGAUACCAGAACUUCGAAACGGAUCCGUUCACCUGUAAACCGAGAUGCAGCGAACGAUGUACCUUCGGCGAAUGCACCGCACCCGAAACUUGCACCUGUUUAGAAGGAUACAGGCUUCAGGAUACCGAUCGGUAUUUGUGCGAACCGAUUUGCUCGACGAGCUGCGAGAACGGUUGGUGUCAAGCCCCCGACGUCUGCGGUUGCGACACCGGCUAUCGGAGAACCGACGACAAUUCCCGAUGUCUUCCCGUAUGCAAGAGAACGUGCGAAAACGGCACCUGCGUCGCCCCCGAGAUCUGUGCUUGCGACGCAGGCUUCAGAAAAUCGGGUGACGACGAAUACGUUUGCGUACCGAGGUGCUCCGAGCCGUGUCAAUUCGGUACAUGCACCGCUCCCGAAACCUGCACCUGCCACGAAGGUCGGGAGUUGGGCAAGGAUAAAUAUACCUGCGAACCGUUGUGCGCCUCGGAAUGUCUCAACGGAUAUUGCGCCGAGCCUGAUAUCUGCGGAUGCAAUCCUGGAUACGAAAUAAACGACGACAACGUGUGUAUUCCCGUUUGCGAAAGACCGUGCGUAAACGGGAAAUGCGUCGCUCCGGACGUUUGCUCUUGCGACGAGGGUUUCCAGAAGUCCCGUGACGACGUAUUCGAAUGUGACCCGAAGUGCAGUCGGCACUGUUUAUUCGGGACAUGCACCGCACCUGAAGUCUGCACCUGUGACAGCGGCUACUCGAUGAUUCCGGGUUCGAAUUUCAACUGCACCCCCGUCUGCAACGAAACUUGCAUCUUUGGAACAUGUUCCGGACCCGACACAUGCUCAUGUGACGACGGUUACGCGUUGACGCUUCUGUCGAAGUACAAAUGCUUGCCGUUGUGUGACGGAGAUUGCGGACAUCACGGAACAUGCGUUGCUCCCAAUUUCUGCGAAUGCCACGAGGGCUACGUCGAAUCGACGGAUUCGCUGAUAAAAAAUAUGACCUGCGUACCAAAUUGCAACGGUACGUGCAACAAUGGCGUUUGUACAGCUCCUUACAGCUGCACCUGCAAUUCCGGAUACCUGUACAAUGAAACUACUACGGAUUGCGAUCCGAUCUGCACUGAACCAUGUCUAAACGGAUAUUGCGAGAGUCCGGAAAAUUGCGAAUGUCUCGGUGGCUACGCAAAGUCCGACGAUGAUCCAAACACCUGCAAUCCUGUGUGCAAAAACUGCGUCAACGGUGAAUGCAUAGCACCGGAAAAGUGCGCAUGCUACGAUGGCUUCGUUGCAGACGCAAUGGACACUGGAAGUUGCGUACCCCAAUGCAAACCAGAAUGCAUCAAUGGGGUUUGCAUGAUCGAAGGUUGUUCGUGCUCCAUCGGAUGGGGAGGUGAAUCUUGCGCGGAACCGCUUCUAUGCGUCAUAACUGAAACCAUCAAUAGGACCGAUUCCGUUGCAGUAAGCAAGCCACCGGAAGUUGAUAAUCUGCCCAACAGUCAUCUGUUGAAAUGGGAAGGCCCCGUUUGUCACCCGGAGUGCAUUGAAAAACUGGGUACCAUGAACAUCAACUUUACGAAGAUUUCCGAUGAUGUUAAUUAUCAUUUCGUUCCCAUUGAAUCGCCCUGCAACAUUAUCUCGGCUCAAUGGCUAUUUUGGAAACAACAUAGCAUCCCUAUGGGAGGAGUAAUCGGAAUUUUAUUGUGCGUCGCAGUAAUCGCCGCUCUGCUUAUUGUGCGAAAGAAACGCAUGACGAAAAAUAAUAUCAAUACCGAGUCAACGCAGUGCGUUUUCGCCGAGGACUAUAUGGAGGAAAAUCCUAUCUACUCCUGAUAUGUGAUGUUUGUGUGAUUCAACUAUUUAAUAUUAUAUUCCCAUUGUUAACUAUAUUACGUAUCUGA